AUGUCGAAGCUGAAUCGGGCCACUUGGGCCCUCAGGAAGCCUGAGGCUGGCGGCGUAAUCCGGACCAUCGUGUGGGCAGGCCAGGCCAUCCAGGCCCCCACUAGUUCCAUCCUGGGUCAGAGAGGUGUUUCCAUCAACCAGUUCUGCAGGGAGUUCAACGAGAAGACAAAGGACAUCAAAGAAGGCAUUCCUUUGCCCACCAAGAUUUCUGUGAAGCCUGACAGGACAUUUGAAAUCAAAAUUGGACAACCCACUGUUUCCUACUUCCUGAAAGCAGCUGCUGGGAUUGAGAAGGGGGCCCGGCAGACAGGGAAGGAAGUGGCAGGCCUGGUGACCUUGAAGCAUGUGUAUGAGAUCACCCGAGUUAAAGCCCAGGAUGAGGCCUUCGUCCUGCAGGAUGCGCCCCUGUCCUUUGUGGUUCGCUCCAUCAUUGGCUCUGCCUGUUCCCUGGGCAUUCGUGUGGUGAAGGACCUCAGUUCAGAAGAGCUGGCAGCUUUCCAGAAGGAACGAGCCGCAUUCCUGGCUGCCCAGAAAGAGGCAGAUUUGGUAGUGCAGGCAGAAGCUGCCAAGAAGUGA